AUGCAGGAUCAGGGCCCUGAUGCAGGUGAUCGGGGCCACCUCCCUCAGGAGGACUUGAAAAUGCCUAGCAGUACUGCCCAUGCCAACCAACAGGUUUCGACCCCCGGCAUGUCUAGUCGAACGAUUCGUCAGGAAACCCCACCCCUGUCCCUACUUCUCUCCCCUCCACUUACUUCACCAUUGAUACAACUGGACACGGAUUUCAGUCCCCUCCAGCAAUACAGCACAGCACAGCCCCCAGAUCCCCGUUUCACCAGUAGGAAUGGAUCAUACCCUGUAUAUGAUCCCAACCGAGGGGCAGAGCUCAGGAGUGCUGCAGACUGUGCCAACCCAUACCGGGAUAGAUCGGAAAGGGUUGAUCAUGUACGAGCACAAGAACGGGCUCGCAGCAGAAGUCCUUGCCGCCUGAACCAACUCGAUGACCUUACUCGAUCCCGAGAACUACCACAAACUCCAUUUAUGGAAUUCAAUCACUAUCCGCGGGAGAUGUAUGUCCCACCCGGAAUCAAUGACCUGAUGCCUCGUCUGCCUAGCUCCUCCCCGACACUAUCUCCGAGCAACAUCCAGCGUGGUCGUCGUGGUCAUGCUCUAGACCAUGCAGGGAACUCUACUGGACAGACUUACCCUCUUGAUAACCGCAAGUUGUAUGGAUACCACCACGACCAGGAGCAACAGGUGCAGGGGUGUGACCCAGCACCCGGCAGAGAAGGAGCGAACAACCAAGAGGAUGCCAAAAAUAUUGACGACAACGAGGAGGAUCACUUAUGUGAAUUUGCCGCUCCAUGUCGAAUGCAUCCCUCGCCCGAUGGAAUGCACUACCGAAAGGUUGUGUCACACGUGUUUGGCAGAAACAAGGCCGUCACCAAGCUGUUCCCACUCAGCGUCUGGGUCCAUUACUGCCGAAAGCACUACCAGCGUGCCCGAUACCGUGCAGACCAAUGGCCGUUUACGCAGUGUGAUCUCCUGUUAGAAUCCCUGAGCCGAAUGGAGAACUGGGAUGGAGUGGAGAGUUUCGAACUCAUCCUCCGCCGACGAGAGCAAAUGCGUGUCGGACGUGAAGCCGAAGGCGCACUCACCACCACCGAGACCUCCCGUCAAAAGGAGACUACUCCCUCGGCCGCCAGCCAGGCCCAAGACCAAGACAAGUCUUCAGACAUCGUUCCUCGAGGUCCAAGCCGUAAGCAUCCAACUGCCAUCAUCGCCCCGGUCCCGGACUGGCUUCGCCAACACAUCGGUCACGGCAAGUCAUUUGAAGAGAUCCGCCAGAUCAUCGAACUUGUCCGUGACCACAUGGUCCGGCUACGGAACCAGGAAAGAGUCCAACAACAGCUCCGUCACCUUCCCAAGUCACCGAGCGCACCAGGUACCCCUCGUCGGGGUGCGCUUUCUCACGUCCGAAAAGGACGGGUGACUAAGUCUACCAACCGGGACCCUCUACGCGUGCGUGCCAGCACUGUGCGCUUCCCCGACGUUGAAAUCCUCCCCCAUUUCAAGCCAUGGGUUAAGGAGGCUGCUCUACGGCAGCGAUCUGCCACUCACUUCCCCAUGAACGAAAGGGACAGUAAUCAGUCAGAGCAGAGAAUUUCUGGAGGGGGACACAUCAUUGGAGAAGUCCAGGAUACCUGUGACACCAAUGCUCGGACUGAAUCGACGCAGCCGACAAAUGGUGCUUUGGCGACUAACAACAACACAACCCCGCGCAACGAUGAACCAAACUCAGAGCCCAUUGAGAUGACUGGAGCCAAUCUCUCACUGAUGCAACCUCACAUCGGCAGGGCUGGGACAAACCGAGGUCAAUCUGAGAGCCAGCGACGACGCAGUGAACGGGUCUACAUCAAGGCCAUAGACCGUGUCCCUGGACAGGGUCCUGUCAAGAAACCCGGCAAGGAUGGAGAUAAAUAA